AUGGGUGGUGAAGUUGAUAAACUGACAAGAGAAUGGGGAAUACAGUUCAUCCAUUCCAGUCCUUAUUAUGCUCAGUCUAACGGUCAAGCGGAGGCCAGCAACAAGAUCAUUAUCAAUUUGUUGAAGAAAAUGUUGGAAGCUAAUCCACGACAGUGGCAUGAGACACUUUAUGAAACUCUUUGGGCCUACCGCACCUGUAAGCGGAAUCCCACCACGCCAACACCUCAUGCUUUGAUGUUUGGCCAUGAUGCAGUCCUGCCGUUGGAAGUCAUCGUCCAAUCAUUACGAGUUCAAGAGCAACAUCAUCUCAUUGGAGAAGACUACGUUCAGGCUAUGUGGCAGAAACAUGAAGACCUUAGCGAAAAGCGCUUGGAGGCUUUAGAUAGUUUGGUCAUGGAAAAGCAACAAGUCGCUCGCGCCUAUGACAAGCGGACGCGAGGAAGGAGUUACAACGAAGGAGAGUUGGUUUGGAAAGCAGUUGUCCCGCUUGGCGAAAAAUUAGAUGGUCGCGGCAAAUGGACUCCAAGAUGGGAAGGCCAGUACAUCAUCUAUAAAAUCUUAGAGAAAGGAGCUUUUCAUCUCAAGAACCUAGAUGGAGAUGUCCAUCAUAACCCUAUCAAUGAGAGAUACUUGAAGAAAUACUUUCCCAAUGUUUGGGACUCGGAGGAGUCGUAG